AUGUACCAUGUAAAAGUAAAUUGUGCAUCUGGAUUCGCAGCAGCAGGCAGUGAGGUAGUAGAUAAAAAAGUAAACCGUAUCUGUGGAGUUCGUGUGCGUGUUGAAAUGUCUAGCAAUAGACCUCGUGGUGGUCGCGACGGUCGUGGUGGUGGUGGCGGAGGUGAUCGCAGAGGUGGCGGUGGUGGAGGAGGUGGUGGAUACAACAGAGGUCCUCCACGCUACAAUGAUAGGUAUAAUGAGAGAUCACGAUCUCGAUCUCCAAAACGCCGUGCGCCACCUUCACGGUCACGUUCAAGGAGCUACUCACCAAGACAACGUCGUACGUCACAUUCCUAAGAUAAACAUUUAAAACAACAAUGAUACAGGUUCCAUUUAAUAUGAACUUUAGUACACCCCAAUUUAUUAUUGUUCCCUAUAAUUUAAAACUUCAAUAUUUUCUGUUAGUAUUCUACAGAAAUCCUAAUGAUUUUUUUAAUGAUCUAAUUUGUAAUUUUUUUUUAUUCAAGAUUGCUUGGUUUUUCCAWAAGAUCACAUAAAAUUUGAUAGCUUUAUAAUAAGUUGACUUUUGUAAGUUAUUUUUAUUCAUUGUACGUAACAUUAGUUUGGUUUACUUAAAAUAUACAAUACACUUAGAUAAAUA